AUGCAAUUUCAAACAAUGAUUGAACGAACGGCUGAUAAAAGGAAUGACCAAGUAGUGACCACGUGCGGACUGGGCUCGUGGAGACCCGAGUGGCUACAAGUGUUCGCCACGCCCUUCUGGUUUGCCAUAGUGUACGCCCUGAUAGGUGUGGUGCAGACAAUGUCCACAACGUAUUUGAUAGCAGUGUUAACAACAGUGGAAAAGAGGUUCGCAUUUGACUCCAAGAUAUCGGGUGUUAUAUUAAUUGCCGAUAAUAUAGUAGAACUAUUUCUAAGCCCGUUUGUUGGCUAUAUGGGCAAUCGCUACAGUAGACCGCGUAUGAUAGCUAUUAGUGAACUGAUAUUGGUGUUAUCUUGUGCAAUAAAUGCCAUGCCUUACUUUAUAUAUGGCCCGGGAACACAUCUACUUUACGAUGACACCCUACUGUCCAAAAUGACAUCCAAUAAUACACUUUACGAAUUGUGUCCUGCAAAAAAUUACACAGUAGAUUGUACGAUGACUGGUGGUCACUCUACUAUAUGGGGAGUUGUUAUUAUGCUUGUAAUCGGUAGUGCGCUGAGGGGUGUUGGCUAUACCGCCUACUGGGUGUUUGGUUUGACAUUUGUUGAUGAUAGUGUUAGCAAAACUAGCUCGCCACUUUAUAUGAGCAUGCUCGGUAUAUUGAAAAUGGUAGGCCCCGCCGGUGUCGAUAUUCAUGUUACGAACACAGAUCCGCGAUUUAUUGGCGCAUGGUGGUUAGGAUUUUUAGUAAUUGGAGCACUGUUGUUUCUAGUAAAUUUGCCCAUGUUUUUAUUUCCAAAACAACUUCAAGGGGCCUCGGUCAAAGAAAUCGAUCGCGUUAAAUAUAUAAACAAUCAGGGGUUUAUGGACUGUACUAAACGAUUGUUAACAAAUCCACUGUUUAUGUUUAACCUGAUUGGCAUUGCAUUACGGUAUGUGGGUUACGGAGGUUACGGUACCACCAAGCCCAAAUAUAUGGAAUCCCAAUACCGGGUGUCCGGUAGCAAAGCUAAUUUAUUAACCGGUGUGACAAAUUUAUUGCCAAUGGCAGCUGGCACUUUAGCCGGCGGUAUAGGUAUUUGGUAUAUUAAACCUAGAGCAUUGUACUUGAUUAUAUACAUGUUUUGCCUGGAAUGGGUGUCAAACUUGGCCAUGUUGGGGUCAAUGUUUUUGGGCUGCCCACCCCUACAACUCGGGCCAAUCACUAAUAUUCAAAAUGCAAAAUUUACAAUGAAUGCCGAGUGUAAUCAAAAUUGUGAUUGUAGUACAAGUGUGUUUACUCCGAUGUGUUCAGCGGAUAGGGUGACCACGUUUUUCUCACCAUGUUAUGCUGGUUGUACAAAUUUUGAUAAAGUUACAGGGAUUGCAACUAAUUGUACUUGUAUAUCCAUAUAUGGUGGACAUGCAACUAGUGGUUACUGUCAGAGCGAUGCCGACAAUUGUACAAAUUUGUACAAUUUUUUAAUAGUUAAAACAUUGCCAGCAAUUGUCACUUCCACCGUUAGGAUUGGCAAUAUAUUAUUAACAUUAAGAGUAAUCGAUCCGAAAGACAAAAGCUUUGCUAUGGGUUUUGCAAAUAGCUUUUUGGCCUUAUUUGCAUUCAUACCUUAUCCAAUUAUAUUUGGUUCAAUCGCCGACUCAGUCUGUUUGGUUUGGGAGAGUACGUGCGGGAAAAGCGGUAAUUGUUGGCUAUAUGACCAGGAUCGUUUCCGAUACGUACUACACGGGGCGACACUUGCGUUAAUAAUAGUGGCCUCACUUUGCGAUGUGAUUAUUAUUAUCAAACAUAAAAUGGUAGAUAAUUAUGAUGAUAAUAUAUUAUCAAAUACUUGA